AUGCGCUGCCCGCUCGCCUGGUCGCCUGCCAAAGCCCCCACCCCCUCGCCGGCGAUGCUGCCGCGUCGCCGUAGCAACCACCCGGGCUCCUCCUUCCCCCUCCCGUUCCUCCUCGUCUGCGGCCUGCUCCUCGCUGCGGCCGUCGCAUUCUCCCCCGCCGCGGCCGCCGAGGCCGCUGGCCGCGGCGGCGGCGGCGGCGCUGGGCACGAGGGCCGCGCGGGGAAGCCGGAGGUCGAGGCGGAGGCGGAGGCGGAGGCGAGCGGUGAUGGGGUGGCCGUGGCGGAGGCCGGCGGCGAGGUGGUGGCUCAGGGCAAUGCCACGGAGGCCAAGGAGGGCAGCCUCGCCGACAUGAUUGACCGCGCGCUGGAGAAGGAGUUCCCGGAGUCCGAGGGCGAGCAGGGCGGUGGAGAGACCGAUCCUGGUAGCUUCAACAACACGGUGGCUGAGAAGCAGGGAGUUCUUGAAACUGUGGCUAGAAGAGUAACAAAGAAGAAUGAAACCAAAGAUAACAAGUCAUUUCCUUUUAAUGAGGUUUUCUUGGAUCGAUCUGAGCAAGAGGAUGUUCCCACAUUGAUUGAUCGGAAGGAUAAUGUUUUUAUCAUAUCAAACCCGAAGUCAAAAUACCCUGUGCUGCAGCUGGACCUUAGAUUGAUAUCAGAUCUUGUAGUUGUUAUCGUGUCUGCUACAUGUGGUGGAAUCGCCUUUGCUUGCCUUGGGCAACCGGUGAUUACAGGUUAUCUACUUGCAGGAUCUAUAAUUGGGCCUGGAGGUUUUAGCUUUGUCAAUGAAAUGGUGCAAGUUGAAACGGUAGCCCAGUUUGGUGUGAUAUUUCUCCUGUUUGCAUUGGGACUUGAGUUUUCUACUGCAAAACUUCGAGUUGUUCGUGCUGUUGCUGUUCUCGGAGGAUUGCUCCAAAUUAUGCUGUUCAUGUUUCUUUGUGGUAUUUUGGCUACACUAUGUGGAGGCAAAACAAAAGAAGGUGUUUUCGUUGGUGUUCUUCUCUCCAUGUCUUCAACAGCUGUGGUUUUAAAGUUUCUGAUGGAAAGAAAUAGUAUCAAUGCUCUUCAUGGCCAAGUUACAGUCGGGACGCUUAUAUUGCAGGAUUGUGCUGUUGGCUUGCUGUUUGCACUUCUUCCAAUUUUGAGUGGUACAUCUGGCCUUCUUCACGGAGUUGCAUCAAUGACCAAGUCGCUGGUGGUAUUGAUAUCAUUCCUGACCAUUCUCUCUAUCCUCUCCCGCACCGGCGUUCCUUGGUUUCUUAAACUGAUGAUAAGUCUGUCAUCACAGACAAAUGAACUAUACCAGCUGGCAUCAGUUGCAUUCUGCUUGUUAUUUGCUUGGUGUAGUGAUAAGUUGGGCUUGAGUCUCGAGUUGGGUUCAUUUGCAGCUGGAGUAAUGAUAUCAACAACAGACCUUGCACAACAUACUCUUGAACAAAUCGAACCUAUCCGCAACUUUUUCGCUGCUCUUUUCCUUGCCAGCAUUGGGAUGCUAAUUAAUGUCCAUUUCUUGUGGAACCAUGUGGAUAUACUCCUUGCAGCGGUAAUUUUGGUGAUCACCGUAAAGACCUUUAUUGUUGCUAUUGUCGUAAAAGGAUUUGGGUAUAGCAACAAAACAUCUCUUCUUGUCGGCAUGUCUCUUGCACAAAUAGGAGAGUUUGCUUUUGUUCUCCUAAGCCGUGCUUCAAGUAUCCAUCUCAUCGAGGGCAAGCUAUACCUGCUGCUUCUUGGAACCACUGCACUUAGUUUGGUGACAACCCCUUUGCUAUUCAAAAUGAUCCCAGCAGUGGUCCACCUCGGGGUUCUUUUGAGAUGGUUUUCUGUCGAUACCAAUCAGGUGGAGUUGGGCCUGAAAAAUGAUGUCCUCCGCAUGGAUAGCGGCAAGCGCAUAAAUCUGAUAGUCCAAGGCUCACAUGACUCAUGA